AUGGAUUCUUCUUGCAACCGUGUCAGUGUUUUCUUGCUGUAUCUGAUCUGCUUCUUUCAUAUGAUGAUGAUGAUGCUCACUUUCACUACUUGUUCGGAUGCUGCUAUGGUUGCUGCCCAAAUGGAAGUGGAGGAGGUGGAGAUGAAGAUGAGGAGGUGCAGUGCAGAGCAGAGCGCUGCGUUGCUUGAAUUCAAGUCAUACUUCAACUUCAGCCAGUCAGCUCCCUCAUAUUGCCUCCUUAAUUCGCAAUCACCUAUGGGAUCUUGGAAGGAGGGAACUGACUGCUGCUCCUUGUGGGAUGGGAUCACUUGUGAUAACGAGACCGGUCAAGUGGUUGGCAUCGACCUUAGUUGUGGUUGGCUCCAAGGGAACAUCCCUCCCAACACCACCGUCUUCCACCAUUUUCCUCAUCUCCAGGAGCUCUACCUCGAUUUCAACGACUUCGGCGGCUCUCGCAUUCCCUCCUCUUUCGGUCACCUUUCUAGAUUGACUCAUCUCAAACUUCAACAUUCUGGAUUUUCAGGAGAAAUUCCAAUGGAACUCUCUUACUUGACACAGCUAAUGCAUCUUAAUCUUGCUAGUAAUGAUGGUUUGAGGUUCAAGAAAACUGGAUUUCAGUUGCUUGUUCAAAACCUAACUAAAAUAAGAGAACUCCAUCUCAGUUCAAUAAACAUAUCUUCAACCGUUCCCAUUUCCUUGCUCAAUCUCACUUCUUCAAACACUCUCGUACUCCACGGGUGUGAAUUGCAUGGACAACUCCCUGACGGAGUGUUCAACCUACCAUAUUUGGAAGUAUUUGAUGUAGGAUUUAACAGUCUUCUCACCGGUAACUUUCCAAAGUUCAUAAACUGGAGCAAUUCUCUCAAAGGGUUGCAACUUGAAUUCACAAGUUUUGUGGGGCAACUGCCUGACUCAAUUGGGAAUCUCGGAUCACUAGAGUGGUUAAAUGCUGCCCAAUGCAACAUCUAUGGAGCAAUUCCUUUGUCGCUCGGUAAUCUGACUUCAGUCAUGGGAAUAUAUCUUUCAAACAACAGUUUAUCAGGUCCUCUUCCUUCACAAUUAACUGGACUACCUAAUCUACAAUUAUUAGUCUUGAAUCAUAACUGUAUCACCGGUCCUCUUCCUUCACGAUUUGCAGGACUACCCAAAUUGAAAUUUUUAGUCUUGGAUCAUAACUAUAUCACCGGUACAAUUUCACCUGGAUUAUUUGCUUUGCCAUCUUUAUAUAUCUUACAGUUAAGUUACAAUAUAUUCACCGGACGCGUAAAUGAGAUACAUUCCAAUUCACUGGGGCUUAUUAAUCUGCAGUCCAACAAGCUAACUGGUACACUUGGGAGUUCAAUGUUCAAAGUCGAAUUCCUUACCCAUCUGAUUAUCUCAUCAAAUAACUUUAGUGGUGACAUAAACAUGCCCUGCAGUCAAAACUUCCUCAAGGUUCUUGGUGUGUCAAAUAAUGGCUUCAGUGGUGUGAUUCCAAAAUGUGUGGGAAACCUCAAUGAAUUAGUUGUUCUUGAUUUGGGAAGCAAUAACUUUUCCGGGAUUGUCCCUGACACAUUUGUGAGACAUAAUCACUUGGAAACUAUCAAACUUAAUGGCAAUGGAUUCCAAGGACCAGUGCCGAAAUCUUUAGUCAAUUGCAGAGUCCUAGAAGUGCUAGAUCUCGGAAGAAACAACUUCUCUGAAAAGUACCCACAUUGGUUGGAAAAUUUGACAAAUUUGCGACUAAAUCACAAUAUGCUCACGGGACACGUAAAUGAGAUAAAUUCCAGUUCACUGAAAUUCAUAAAUCUGGAGCACAACACGCUAACUGGUACACUUGGGAGUUCAACGUUCAAACUCGAAGUGCUUACCCAUCUGAUUAUCUCAUCAAAUAACUUUAGUGGUGACUUAAACUUCGACAUGCUCUGCAGUCAAAAUGCCCUCAGGGCUCUUGAUGUGUCAAAUAAUAACUUCAGUGGUGUGAUUCCAAAAUGUGUGGGAAACCUCAAUGAAUUAGUUGUUCUUGAUUUGGGAAGCAAUAACUUUUCCGGGAUUGUCCCUGACACAUUUGUGAGACAUAAUCACUUGGAAACUAUCAAACUUAAUGGCAAUGGAUUCCAAGGACCAGUGCCGAAAUCUUUAGUCAAUUGCACAUACCUAAGCGUGCUAGAUCUCGGAAGAAACAAUUUCUCUGAUAAGUACCCACACUGGUUGGAAAAUUUGACAAAUUUGCGAGUUCUUACCUUGAGAGCCAACAGAUUCCAUGGACCCAUUUCAAUCUCCAAGACUAAAUAUCCCUUCCCCAGCUUGCGAGUUAUGGAUUUGUCAGAAAAUUGUUUCACUGGUCCACUACCAACAACAUAUUUUAGAAAUUUUACUGCUAUGAUGAACAUCAGCGAAGCCAACUAUACACUCGAAUACAUUGGCCAAAAUACUUCUGAUUAUUAUCUUGAUUCCUUGACCAUGGUGAUCAAAGGUUCAGUGCUUGAAAUGGAGAGAGUGUUGACCAUUUUCAUAGCCAUUGAUCUAUCGAGAAACAAAUUUGAAGGAGAAAUUCCAGAGAUAAUUGGAAAGCUAACUUCAGUUCGAGGGUUGAACUUAUCUCACAACAGCCUUACAGGGCGCAUACCGAAGUCUCUUGGAAAAUUGACAAAGAUUGAAUGGUUAGACCUCUCUUCCAAUAAGCUUGUCGGGGAGAUCCCGAAACAGCUAACAGCCUUAAAUUCUCUUGGAGUUCUAAACCUUUCGCAUAAUCAACUAGCUGGACGAAUACCUCAAGGACCACAAUUUGAUACAUUCUCAAACGAUUCUUAUGUUGGAAACUUGGGCUUAUGUGGACGACCGAUGUCGAAGUCAUGCAGCAAUCCUGAUGCACCCCAGCCAGCAAAAGAAAAGGAUUCACAAUCUUCAGAUGGUUUCGACUGGGGAGUCAUACUGUCAGGUUACGGGUGUGGAUUGGUACUGGGUCUCGUUAUAGGAUAUUUAAUGUUCUCUACAGGAAAACCCAGAGGGGUUAUGAGGAUGAUUGAAGGUGCAGAAAACAAAUGCAGGGAGUGGCAGAAGAAGAAAUCUCAGGGUCAGGGCCGCAAAUGCAGGAGAAAUUAUGGAAGACAUUGAUUGAGAUGAAAGCAAACUGAGUGGAUUAAUGGAGCUUGUGGAUGCAACAGUGGCUUCAUUUUCUGAAGAUGAAAUCAAGGGCAUGAGAAUUGUUUUAUCAUUUUUAUGUUGAAUAUAAUCACAAAAUCAAAAUAUUAUAACACCAAAUCUUGAACCUUUGAUUAAUUUUUCUUCCUUUUUUUUUCCGUUUCAAGGAGUUUAGAUUGGUGCUUAACAAUAUAUAUUUAUGUCAGUAUGUUGUUUUAUAUUUGUUUUCCUUUUUACAACUUUUUCUUGGUAGUGUGAACUGUAUGAAACAAUGGGUUGUUAAUAUGUAAUUUCUUUUAUAAGUUUUGUCAAAGGCAUGCAUGAGUCUUUUCAUCAUGAAGAAUAGCUUCAUUAGAAUCACUUCAAUUUUUCAGAAUUUACGUAAUCUUCAAAGUAUAGCAAAAAAUACUGGAAGAAGAGAUGCCGUUGGCGUUGGGUGAAGAACAUAAAAA